AUGACUGCUCUUCUGGCCGCCGCCCUCGGCCUGGCCUCUACUGCCUGCGCCGAACAGGAACGACCCAAGAUUUACUUUCCGCGUCACGUUAAACGACAGUUUGUGAAUUCGACGAGUACGAGACAAGAGACGUUCCCUCCGGCCCCCGAGAGCACCACUUUCCAGUCCACCGCAUCGGCCUCCAUCAGCUCGACAUUUGGUGACAUCCUCACCAGCCUUUCGGACUCUCUCUUUGGCUCAUCGUCGACCGUUCCCACGCCGUUGCCGACUUCCACAAUCUCCUCGGCCCCCGAAUCCGCACCCCCGACGACAAUCUCCACCACAGUCUCGACCCUCCCCGAUGGGAGAGUGACGACUGUGAUCAUUUCGAGCACCGUCAUCUUCGACCCGACAGAGACGACUGAGACGACAAGCUCCGCCGUGCCCACAUCUACUCUGCCCCCGGUUACCGUUCUGCCGACGACCAGCGAAACCUCGACAGUUUCCAGCGAAGCCGCCUCCACCUCGCAGGCUGCCGCAACCACCCAGCCCACAGCGACGACCCCCGAGACCACCACUGCCGCCGUUCAGUCGAGCGCCGCCGCGACCUCUUCCGAGGCUGUUCAAUCCUCCGCGGCCGCGACCACCGCUGUCGAGUCCGUUCAGACGUCUGCUGCUGCCAGCACCUCCGAGGCCGCUCAGUCGUCUGCUGCCGCCACCACUUCCGAGGCUGCCCAGUCUUCUGCUGCUGCGACCACCUCUGAAGCCGCUCAGUCAUCUGCGCAGGCUUCCACCACGGAGGCCGUUCAAUCCUCGGCAGCUGCCACCUCUGCCCAGGCAACCACUACCGCCGAGGCCGUCCCUAGCUCCGCUGCUCCCACCAACGUCGAGGUCACCAACUCGACCGCCGAGGCCGUUUCUUCGACGCAAGCUGCCACGAGCGCCCAGGCUGCAUCGAGCGAGGCUACCACGGCCGCAUCUUCUUCUGGUAUCCUCCUGGCUCCCACCGGCGUCGUGUCCGAGACUUCCAGCACCCAGGCUACCACCUCUGCCGAGCAAGCUCAGCGUUCUUCAGUGGCUGCGAACCCCGAGACUACCAGCGCGGUUCCCAACGUCAACGCGACCGAGCCCGUCGUUUCGUCAUCCCAGAGCUCCGUCGUCCUUCCCGUUGAGACCACCACUUCUGCCGCCGUUCAGGUGACCUCUGGUGCCUCCACUGAGACCACAUCUGCCGCCGUCUCUGAGAGCAGCAAGCCCACCAACCCGCUGGACCCCAUUGUCUCCUUCGUCUCCAGCCAGGUUGCCGUUCCCACGAACCUCACCGAGCCUAUCGCCAACGCGACGUCGUCCGAGGUCCCUGUUGCCUCGACGUCCGAUGUUGUCAUCCCAACGCCUACCGCGCUCCCGGCACCCACGGACCCGACCUCGACGAGACUUCCCAUCCCGACUGAGCCUGUUGCCAACGUCACCUCCUCCGCUGAGGCCUCUGGCGUGCCCACCACCUCGCUCCCGGCACCCACUGAGCCCGUCGCGAACGCCACGACCUCUGUUGAGAUCUCUACCGAGCCCACCAGCAGCAGCCUCCCCGUUGUGAGCAGCGAGCCCGCCGUCAACAUCACCUCCUCCACCGAGGUCCCCGUGUCUGUCUCCACGACCGCUCUGCCCGCUUCCGAUGUUGUCAACGCCACCUCGACCGAGGUCCCCGCCGGACAGACUACCACCAGCGCUCCGGUCACCAUCACUGACAGCACUGCCAUCUCUGUGCCGACGACCACGGCUACCGGCUCUGUUGAGAUCCCCGUGAACACUACCUCUACUGAGACCUUCCCGACUACCACGCAGCUUCCGACCUUGUCUCAGCUGCCUACGGCUUCCACCACCAUCAGCAACUCGACUCAGACGGACAGCUUGACUGUGGCACCCACGGUAACACCUUCCACCCUCUCGUCGACCUCCGUCGCCAACGAGACCGCCACGGCCACCAACGUCGUCCCCACUACUACUGAGUCUCUGACUACUGAGCCUGCCGCGACCACCACUCUUCCCGUGAACACCACUGUUCUCUCGGAGACCUUGAUCGAGACCACGCCUACUGUCACUGUGCCGCCGCCUACGACGACUCCCAUCAUCACGAGCAUCCCUGCCACGGCCACCAUCACUGACUCGGAGUCUUGGUUGCCCAGCACCAUCAUUGUCGAGCAGUCCACUUCGCUCAGCACGCCCACAGAGGCCCUUGCCCCGACGUCGACCAUUCCCCUGCCCUCUGACCUUCCCAAGGUUAUUAGCGGCCCGGACCCGAACGUCGCGCAGCCCAAGGACACCAUUCUCCUCCAGAUUGGUUUCCUGCACGGUGAGAACUACCAGCACGUCAGCAAGAACCCCAACGCUGCUGCUCAGAUCUUCACCUGCCUGCCCAAGGCUUUGGCCGAUGCUGCUGGUCUGGACAUUAGCCAGAUCCAGAUGACCAAGCUCGUCCCUUACGACACGUCCCAGACUCUCGGCUACAUCACCACGCUCGCCAAGUUCUACUACCCCAAGAGCAUGGUCGACACCCUGCGCAUGGACAUCAAGAUUCCCAACUCGGCCAUCUACAACAACCCCGAUCAGCUUGUCUACAAUCUCACUCAGAAUAUCAACCCUGCCAUUGAGAUCAUUCCUGGCCAGGAGGAUGACGGCACUUCCACGGGCGGAGACGGAUCGUCGUCUACCUCCACCCCCAACAACCCCAAUGACCCCUUCGGCACCGGUAACGACGGCUCCAACCAGUCUCCCAUUCAAAAAGGUACUGCCGCCGCCAUCGGUAUCGGGGCUGUGGGUGUUGCUGCUGCGUACGGUGCUGCCAUGUUCAUUAUUGCCCGCCGCUACAAGCAGAAGAAGCAGGCCCACCGCCGCGCCAGCUCCCUCACCUCAUCCGAGAUGCGCUACACUGGUGCUGGCAGCCCGCCCAUGAUGGGCGGUGCCCUGAUGAGCCAGGACUUCUCCAACUACGGAGCCGCCGGUGGCCGCGAAAGCCACGGCAGCGGUCGUACGAGGGGAAGCGGGCCCGGCAACUCCGCUAGGACGGCCUACAUCUCGGCCCCCGUUGCCGCUGAGAACUCUCUCGGCUGGAACUGA